AUGGGCAACAAAGUUCCAAAAGCAAAGAAAAGUUCGAGCAUUGUAGCCUUUCCUUUUGCCCGAUCGAUGGCUGACCAGUCGCAAACAUCGGAUGCAGCGCCUACUGAUGAUGAUGUUUUAGACCUAUUCCUACAUGAAAAUUAUACAAAUGAGUUAUUCGAUAGAGCCAAAAUGAUUUAUAUGGAAAAAUGUAAAAAUCUACAUGAUCCUCAUGCUCAUUACGAGUUAGGAAGAAUUUAUCAUUUGGGUCUCGGAACAACAAAUGAAGACUGCUUAGAAGCAUUCUAUCAUUAUAAAAUUGCUGUCGAUAAUAAUCAUCCAGGUGCUUUAUAUAUGCUAUGCCAACUCUAUGGGACAACUAAUAGCAAUACUAAUAAUCCAUCAACACCAUUUGAGUUAACAUCACCAACAUCACCAGUAUCACCGACAGCAUCAUUUUCAAUGCCUCUAACGCCAUCUCCAACGAUGGCUUCUAUUCCAUCAACACCGCUCCCAACUUGUAGUUAUGUUAAAUUGAUGCCAGAAGAAGAAUUAAUAAAAAUCAAAGUUGAAAAUUAUGUAAAGUCGGCAGCCCAAGAUCAAUAUUAUGCACAAGGUCAUCAAGAAUUAUGGUAUAAUUUUAAACGAUCACGAAUUUGGCGAGAAGCUGUUGAUAAUUUAAAACGUCAUCAUGAAUCACUUAUCGAGGAAUAUGCCAAAAGUCUAUCUACAACAGUUACACGCGUAACUUCCUCGACAAUUACCAAUCCUCCAAAUCAGCAGAACAGUAAUUCUAGUGAUCACAACGAUAAUAGUAGCAAUGGUAACUCUGCAACAACUGCCAACAAUAAUAAUAAUACCAAUGAUAGCGGUAAUGGCAGUCAAGAACCUAAGCAAAAUGAAAAAAAUGAAGAAAUGAGCCAAAUUUACAACGAAUUAGGUUAUCUCCUGGUUAAAAUGAACUGGUCUAAGGACGAUCGAGACUAUCGUAGAGCAAUCAAAUAUUUUAAAAUUGCUGGCGAUUUAGGCAAUCCUGCUGGCUACUAUAAUAUAGCAUGCCGUAUGUAUCAAAACGGUUUAGGUGUACGCAAAAGUCAAAAAAUUAAAAAUUACCUUAUCCGAAAAUCGGCUGAAGGCGGCCAUCCACGAGCGCAAUUAUUAAUUGCUUCACGCUACGAUAAUUACCUUAAUGAGCAUCAACCUGUUCGUAAUAAUAUGACGCGAACAGGUUAUGAUUAUUACUUUGAAUCAUGCCAAACUUAUGCCUAUGCUACAACGCUUUUCUGGCUAGGUUGGUAUUAUUUAAACGGUAAAGGAGGUGUUGAAAAAAGUGUCGAUAAAGCAGUGGAAUGCUUCCAGUUAGCUACGGUUGCAACAGAUUUUGUCGGCUAUAGUAAUGGUAAUAGUUUAGCAUUUCAAGUUUUGGGGUUUUUAAUUAAGCAUGGUAUUGGUUUACCUGCUAAUCUCCACGUUGCUGGCCAUUAUUUUACAACUGCUGCUAAAUUACAAGAUUAUCCAUCCUACAUUGAUUUAGCUAAAUUAAUUGAAAAAAAUGCUCUACCAACCAGUAAUAUCGAUAUUGCAGUUGAUUUUUAUCAACGUGUCCUUCGUGGGCAAGAUGUAAGUGCGGCCACUAUCGCUCAUGCACAAUUUCGCCUAGGGAAAAUUUAUCGCAAUUGUCAAUAUCGACAUCUACAUGAUGAAGAUAAAGCUGAUCGGUAUUUUAAAUUAGCCUACCAAUCAUAUUUAGCUAACAUUGAAAAACACUAUCAAGGGGUACGUGCACGCCAUUUCUAUCAUGUUGGCGUUAUGUACCAUUAUGGCUAUGGUGUUGGUGCUAGUUUACAGACUGCUAUGGCCUAUUAUAAAAAGUCAAUCCUGCGUGGACAAGAAGUUGAAAAUAUUUAUGAUCGCUAUUAUGCUAAUAAAGCCAAGAAAAAAGCUAAAACGUUAACUGUGUCGGACAGUAGUAACGAUAGCGAAGUCCAGCAACAAAUGAGCUUACUAUCCAAAAAAGUCGACCAAUUACUUCACAUAGAGGUAACACGAGAGGAAGCAGCUUCAAUGGCCACCUUUAUGAAGAAUAAUUUCCCGGCACGACUAACUUCUUAUGAAGCUAACGAUAGUUUAUUAUUCCCAACAACGCCAGAUAGUGAACAUCAGCGAUUGGUCGAUGAACUAGAGAAAGAAAUCUUGAAUAAAACAUUACGUCAAAAUCCAGAAAUUAUUACUGAAAAUCACAACGAUACUACCAUUAAUAUGAGUGAAAGUUUGCCACCUAAUGAUAGAAUGGAAGAUUCAAAAUUGGGCCACCGUACCAUUGCGGAUGGUGUCUUUCAUUCUCAUUCCGACUUUGGUGGUGAUCUUUCGCCACAACUGCUAGCAAGGCAAUUAUCAUCAGAAACUUCACAACUUGAACCGUUAACACCAGAACAGCAAAUCGAGCAAUCAGUUGAGGAACAAUUACGACUACAACAGCAACAGUUACAACAGCAAUUACAACAGCAACAAUUACAACUGCAAUUGCAAGAGCAAUUACAGCAGCAACAACAAGAACAAGAGCAACAACAACAGCCGCCAUCACCUCAACAACAACAGGAUACGGCCAAUCCAACAACAGCAACCAACGAUAUGAGCCAUAGUUAUAGUUUUUACGAUGAAUGGAUGACCACAUGGCCAGCAGGGUCUUUACUGAAGCAAUUCUUUCCACGUGGUGUUGUUAAUGAAUAA